AUGAGCGCUCCCAGUCUCGCUGCUCCCGUCCACAACGAGGACACGGCGCUCCCCACCGGCGCCCACAACAUCUCCUGCGUCUUGCACGGCAUCGACGACGUCCGCUUCGAGGACCGGCCUGUGCCGACCGAGUGCGGCGAGGACGACGCGAUCGUUUCGCCAGCCAAAAUCUCGGUUUGCGGCUCCGACACGCACUAUAUCAAGCAUGGCCGCAUCGGCGACUUUAUCGUCGAGAAGCCCAUGGUCCUCGGCCACGAGACGGCGGCCGUCGUCGUCCAGGUUGGCAGCCGCGUCACCAACAUCAAGGCCGGCGACCGCGUCGCGCUCGAACCAGGCACCCUCGCCGCCUACUACACGCUCCCUGCCGACCUGUGCUACCCCUUGCCGAGCAACAUGUCUCUCGAGGAAGGCGCCCUGCUCGAGCCCAUGUCGGUCGGUGUCCACGCCGUUCACAAGGUGGCCCAAAUGAAAAGCGCCGCCAACGUGGUUGUCUUUGGCGCAGGCCCGGUCGGCCUCCUCACGUGCGCUGUCGCCAAGGGUCUCGGAGCGCGCAAGGUCAUCGCUGUCGACAUCCAGGAGGCUCGUCUCGCGUUCGCCAAGGAGCAGGGCCUCGUCGACGACUACUACCUUCCGCCCAAGCCGCAGGACGGCGAGGCCAAGGCCGACUACCCGCGCCGCAACGCCAAGGAGCUUUGCGAACGCUUUGGGUUCGAGGAGCGCGGGCCUCGCGGCGUCGACCUCGUCCUCGACUGCUCGGGAGCCGAGGUGUGCAUCCAGACCGGCGUCUUCGUCCUCAAGCACGGCGGCACGCUCGUCCAGGUCGGCAUGGGCAAGCCCGACAUCACGCUCGACAUGCACACGAUCAUCACGCGCGAGUUGACGCUCAAGGGCUCGUUCCGCUACGGUCCGGGCGUUUACGAGCUCGCGAUGGACCUCGUCGCUCGCGGCGCCGUCAACCUCAAGUCGCUCAUCUCGCACAGGUACGCGUUCCGCGACGCACUCAAGGCGUUCGAGGCGAACCACACGGGCAUCGCGGAGGAUGGAAGGCCGUUGAUCAAGGCGGUCAUCGACGGGCCUCGCGUCGACGAGAAGCUCGAGUGA